AUGCAGUGUCAGAGUCUGUUGACUAAAGAGAAUGAAUAUGUCAAUAUGGUAAACAUGUACAAGGGAAAUGUGCCAGAAACCCUUGUCAAUUUCAUUAUGCACCCAAAGAAAUCAUAUUUUUCCCCACUUGAGUCUUUAUUUCCUGAUAGUGAAGUGGAACAGGGUUUAGAGAACAUGUUCAGUUUAGAGUCUGUGGGGUGUUCUGAUAAUGUUGAUCAACAUUCACUACUUGACUUAUUAGUGGCUGAUGAAUUCAAGAAGGGGAUUAAAUUCAAGGAUCAUAAAUAUCAUGUUGAUCUCCCAUGGAAAAACGACUUGAUUGAUCAAGUUCCAUCAAAUCAUAAAGUAGCUUUAUCCAUUCUGGAUAGAGUAGUAGUUAGCAAUCUACAACAAAAAGGUAUGUUAGAUGCCUAUCAAGAAGUGUUUCAAAAUCAGUUGAAGGAAGGCAUCAUUGAGGAAAUUGAUGUGAAUCCUCAAACCUUUGAUAAGUAUAUUUGGAUUCCUCAUAGACCAGUGAUCAAAGAGGACCCUAAUACUACAACUAAGAUACGUCCAGUAUUCAACUGUUCUCUCAAGACAAACAAUAAACCUUCGUUGAAUGAAGCUGCCUUUGCUGGUGUUAAUCUGAUGAGAGAUAUUGUACAGUUGUUGCUAUAUUUCAGGUCAAAUGAUUUGACCUGA